CUCUUCCAGGACGCUUCAUUCCCUCCCCUCCCGCUGUUUUUUCCAGGGGCUAAAUUCCCCAUCAAGUGGACGGCGCCGGAGGCCAUUAAUUACGGGACGUUCACCAUCAAGUCGGACGUGUGGUCCUUCGGCAUCCUGCUCACCGAGAUCGUCACCUACGGCCGGAUCCCGUAUCCAGGGAUGACCAACCCCGAGGUGAUCCAGAACCUGGAGCGGGGGUACCGGAUGCCGCAGCCGGACAACUGCCCCGCGGAGCUGUACGAGCUGAUGAGGCAGUGCUGGAAGGAGAACCCCGAGGAGCGCCCCACCUUCGAGUACAUGAAGAGUGUGCUCGAGGAUUUCUUCACCGCCACCGAGGGCCAGUACCAGCAGGAGCCCUGAAGGGCCACAGGACCCCCCCCCGUCCCGUGUUGGGGUGCUGGGGGUGCUCCCCUGCGUCAAACCCCCUCAGACUCCAUGAGCAUCACGGUGUUGGUGGACUCUCAGCAGUAAAGAUUUGGAGCACUCCAGACUUUGGGAGGGGCAGAUUUCACCCCCCUCAGGAGGGGAUGGACGGCCAGGG